UCUUCUUUGUCAAUCCAAUGAGAUCAAAGAAUUAUGUGACAAUGAUGGAUCCGCUCCAAGAAACAUAUGGGAAUGUGAUGGCAAGCCUCAUGUUUAUUCCAUCGCUGAUAGGGGACAUAUUCUGGUUUGCAGCUAUUCUUGCUUCCUUAGGUGCAACCAUGCAGGUCAUUUUGGAUAUCCAUGGUAUUUUAGUCAUUGUUAUCUCUGCAUGCACAGUUAUAAUCUAUACUUUAUUAGGUGGCCUGUACUCGGUUGCAUAUACAGAUGUAAUCCAGCUGGUCUUUAUAACAGUCAGCCUGUGGGUUUGUAUCCCCUUCGCCCUCAUGAACUCUGCAACGGAAAGCAUUUCCUACACUGCUGUGCACGACGUCUUCCAAGCAUCUUGGAUUGGAAAAAUGGAAGUGCAGUAUCUUGGAAGGUGGCUCGAUGACUUCUUAUAUUUGGCUCUUGGGAGUAUCCCGUGGCAAAUCUAUUUCCAGCGAGUUCUCUCAGCUUCUUCUCCAAAUGAAGGAAGGCUCAUCUCCUACCUUUCUGGACUCGGGUGCUUCAUCAUGGCCAUCCCCUCUGUUGUCAUUGGGGCUGUCGCUGCUUCUACAGACUGGAAUCAGACAGGCUAUGGCCUCCCCAGUCCCAACGACAGAGGAGAGUCUGCCCUCAUCCUUCCACUGGUUCUCUACCAUCUGUGCCCAACGUAUAUCGCCCUUGGUGGAUUGGGUGCCCUGGCUGCUGCCGUGAUGUCUUCUGGGGAUUCUGCCUUGCUCUCUGCUGGUACCUUGUUUGCUCACAACAUAUACAGGAAAGUCUUCAGGAAAGAUGCGUCAGAGGAAGAAGUGCUAUGGGCAAUGAGAAUGUCCAUGGUGAUCUUUGGGAUGAUGUCCGCAGGUCUAGCUUUUCACGCCCAUUCCAUUUAUGACCUCUGGUUCCUGAGUGGAGAACUCGUCUACGCUCUCCUCUUCCCCCAGCUCUGCUGCGUCCUCUUCAUUCGCAACACCAACACUUACGGCUCCGCCGCCGGGUUCUUCUUGGGCCUCCUUCUGCGCCUCUUGGCGGGGGAGCCCACCCUGAACAUCCCCCCGGUCAUCCAUUACCCAGGAUGCUCUCUGGUUGACGGGGCCUACGUCCAGCUGUUCCCAUUUAAGCUGUUCACCAUGCUGGUAUCUCUGCUGACCAUCGUCUCCGUCUCGCAUCUGUCCGCCUUUCUAUUUAAGGCAAACGUCCUUCCCCGCAGAUGGGACGUCUGUAAGAUCAUGCGAGCUGACAGGGUGGUCAUUUCCUUACCCCAGAGACGAAAAAGAGAUGCCUGCGCCAGAACACCGUUUUGAGCAAA